AUGCCCCAAUUGUCAACUACCAGUAUCCAUGGCGCCGACAACCUCCACAGAGCGUCGGAUGUGACCCCGCCAAUCAACAUCUCCACAACUUUCAAGUACCCUUGUGAUCCUGAUAAGUUGCAAAAAAUGGUACCAGGACCCUGGCCUUACGAAGUUGGGAACCCAAUUUACUCCCGGGAGGCCCACCCCACAGGAGAAUUGGUGGAGCAAACAAUCGCCAAAAUUACCAAGUCUCACGCUGUAGCGUAUAACUCCGGAUUGAGUGCGGUGUUUGCAGCUUUUACCCACUUCAACCCAAAGAAGUUGUUCAUUGGGAAGGGUUACCACGGUGUUCAUGGAAUAACCGAGAUAUGGCAGCGGAACCACGGCUUGAAAAAGUACGGAUUGACUGACGAUGAUUUGGCUCAUUUGGAAAAGGGUGAUCUCAUCCACUUGGAGACUCCUGUUAACCCAGAGUCGCUUGCUCUUGAUAUCCAAUACUACGCUGAUAAAGCACAUGCCGCGGGAGCCUUUCUUCUUGUUGACUCAACUUUUGCCCCGCCUCCUUUGCAGGAUGCUUUCGAGUUUGGCGCUGACAUGGUGAUGCACUCUGCUACCAAGUAUUUCGGGGGCCACUCUGACUUGUUGGCCGGAGUGUUGUUGACAAAGAGUGAAGGUGUAUACCGCAAAUUGAUCGAUGACAGAAUAUACUUGGGUACAAACAUCGCCAAUUUGGAGUCUGCACUCUUGCUCAGAAGUUUGAAGACUCUUGAGUUACGAGUAUUGAGACAGAGCCGAAAUGCUACCAAAAUUGUUCAGUUUCUCAAUGAAAGCAAGAAAAAGUACCCAGCAAUAGUCAAGGUGUACCACUCCUCGUUGCAAACCGAGCCUUACGUUACUCGCCAAUUAAAAGGUGGUCACUCUCCAACGUUCUCUUUUGAGCUUAAGACUGAAGACCAGGCGAGGAGAUUUCCAUCGCACUUGAAGUACUUUUACCAUGCCACAUCUCUAGGAGGAGUCGAGAGCUUGAUCGAAUGGCGCGCCAUGUCUGACCACGAAGUGUCACCAUCGUUACUCCGUGUCAGUGUGGGUCUUGAAGACGUGGACGACUUGAUUGGCGACAUCGAGCAAGCGCUAAAGGCCAUAUAG